AUGUCUAAGAGUGCAUAUAGCUCGGACUUGGUAGUAUCACCCCAGCAGAUAUCCGCCCGAACAGGAGGCUCCCAUACCUCCCAGGGGUACCUCUCAACUACCUCCUCGCCUGCCCUUGCACCAUCAGCCCAGCAGAGCUCAGCUAGCCAUGCCGGAUCUCGAACAUCCACGUCAAAACCUUCUUCUCUAUCACCUGAACCUUACCCGCCCUCUUCUUCACCUCUACCUUCGACUUCCCCAAGCACAAAACGCUCGGGCUUCCACGCCUCCCAGGUCUCCCCACCGGAAACCCCCCAUUUCAACGGCAAUCUGGUCAAGCUGAAAAUAGGUUCACAAACCGACCUGCCUUUCACCGAUGAGCCUGCGGCAUACACACCCUCCAGCGUCUCCCCCAAACCAACGUACCUGUCUUCCGGCGGCCCCGGCGGAGACACAAAACCGACGUAUCUCUCUUCGCCUUCGCAGGUUUCGCUCCCGGGGCUGACUCCACCACCGUCUCCGAGCUCUUCCUCGCCUCCGCCACGGUUGAGGCCAGAGGCUGUAUCGCACGUGGAAUAUAAGGUUCAAGGGAGGGAGCAGAUCGUUUCGAGGGAUAUCCUCGACCCCACGUUGAGGUCUACACUUCUGAACCUUCACGUCCCUCACCAGAUCUCCAACAUUGCCAAUGUGGCUCUCUCAGGUCUCGCUUCCGGGCCCAAAACUCGUUUCAACACGACCAUAGGUGUUCCGAUAGAUGGGCUUGCGAGGGAUUUGAAAGGGCUAGGAUGGAAGGUUGAGGGGCGGUAUGAAGCGGAGCAUGGAGGGGUAGAAGUCAGCGUGGGAGUUGUGAGAAGUGGGAGGCAAGAGGGUGAGAAAAUGGAAAGGAUUGAGAAGGUCGAUGAGAAGAAGAGUGAGGCAACAGAGAAGAAGAACAAGAAGACGGGCGAGAAAGGUCGCAAAAUGGCAAGGGUCGAGGUGGAGACGAAAGGUGGUGGGAUCUUAAUUGAUAUUACGGAGAUCGACAAGCACAGGCAGAUUGAUCUCCGGAUAGAGACAAAGACAGGUGAUGUCCUGCUACUGUUACCGGACAACUUUCUCGGUCCUAUCCACGUCAAAUCCCCUCGCCCACCUGAAUUCCUCCCCGCCCUCCUCCCACUCCUCAAGCCAACCGCUAUUCCAUAUCAGAACCUACACACGACCUACAUGGUCCCCAUUGCGCUCUCAUCCAAAGCCAAUUCAUCCCUUCCCGAACAUGCCGCCGCGCAGCAGAUCGAAAAGUAUGUCCCAAAAGCCCUCAGAAAGGAGAGCGACAUACUCGAUCAAUUGACGGGGGGCUAUGUGAGUCAUGUGAGGAAAGGGUGGUGCAAGGUGGUGGUGACCAACGGUAAAGGACGUGUGGUGGUGGGCUUGAGGGAAAGUGGGGACGUAAGGCUUGCGAGAGGGAUGGGGUUGACAGUGGGGCGCGAGGGUGUCAAGGAAAAGAAAUGGUGGCAGUUGGGGUCUUGA